CCCCGUGGCACCUCGCCGCCCCCCGCGACUAGCAUGCCGCCGAGGAGGUGAAACCCAGCCCGCCGCUGCCGCCGCCGCGCGGCCCAGCACCGCCAAGUGUUCGACGGUGCGGCCGCGCCCCGCCCAUUCCCAGCCGAUAAUGGAUCUCAAAAACGUCAUCGAAAAUGUGUCGAAACGAUAUCGCUAGUCGUCGUUUUUGACGUCGGAGCGACACUACUCGCGAUGUCGUGUCGACAUCCCGACGACGUCGUUCAGAACGCCAUUUCUCACUGGGUCGGGCCCGUUGGGUUUGGCAGCGCCGCCGUCAGCCCUGCAGCAGCAGGUGCUCGUGCGGCCGUGGCCGGGCCUCGGGCCGGACGCACGGCCGCUGUGCCUCGCCCUGCCCCUCCUGAUGGCGUGCCCCGUGCCCCCAGGCGUCGAGUGCGCGGACAUCGCCGACACCGACUCCAACCUCCGCGUCUCGAUCCUCUCGCGCGGCGUGGGCGGCCAGGCCAUGUUCUCCUGCCCGGCGGGCUUCGGGCUCGUGGGCCAGACCCACAGCGUGUGCCAGGCGAACGGCGAGUGGGCGGGCCCCUACCCCAUCUGCAAAGUGGUCAACUGCGAGGCGCCCGGCACCCCGGACCACGGCUACACCACGGGCCAGGGGCCGCCGUACCGCGCGGGGGACAUCGUCCAGUUCAACUGCAACCCGCAGUUCAUGAUGGAGGGCCAGCCGAUCAUUGCGUGUCAAGAAAACGGGCGCUGGUCGGGGUCCGUGCCCAAAUGCGUGCAGGCCUGUUCCUACCCGGGCACGGCCAUCUCGGGCCGCAUGUCCGACGUCAAGUUCUACUACAAGAUCGGCGAGACAGUGACAUUCGACUGCGACGAGGGCCUCGAGGUCCGCGGCGUGAGCAUGCUCCGGUGCAUGCGCAACGGCAAGUGGUCCAACGCCAUCCCCGUGUGCGUGCCGGCGGGCAGCUCCGCCAACCGGUAGCCUGGCCGAGCCGCGCCCCGCGCCCAGCGCAGCGCCGCGCCCGGCCAGCAGACAAACUUAUCAGAGCCGCUACAAGAAGUGCGGCAGCAGAAGUGAGACCAGAACAGCAGCGUGCCGUCAGCAUCGGCGCCCCGCAGGCCGCGAGCCGCCGGGGGUGCUCGUCCAAGUACUCCUUCGAGUCGGCCCGGGCGGGUGCCUCUGCAGCCCGCGGUGCUGCGCGACGCGCCGAUCGGAAGUGGUUGGGGUUUGUCGAAACGAACUCGAUUCGACGUCGACUCGAUGGGAUUGGGAGGGGGAAGAGCCGGUUGGCUCGACGUCGAUUCGACAUCCUUUCGGCCAGCAUUUCUCAACUUGGUGUAUCUCUUAGUCGCUCUCGCAGGUGAACGUGAACGAGCAUGCGUGGGAUACAUUGUAGGGGAGGGGUGGACGGGAUGGUGACAGGUCGGGACUAGCUCUUCCCUUCUAAGAGCAAAAAAUUAAAAUAA